CGCACCGAGACUGAAAACAUAGUCGGGAAGUUCGGUGUAUGGAAAGAGGGGAGCACGUUAAUGUUGCAAAAUGUCUUCGGGAAAGAUGUCGACCUCCAAAGAAUUGAUGCAGAUGGAUUUGUAUGGCCUUCUCGCUGUGCCAUUCGAUGCUACCGAGAAAGAGAUCAAAAAAGCAUAUAGACUGAAAGCUCUAACUUGCCAUCCUGACAAGAACCCGGAUAAUCCACGUGCAGCUGAACUUUUUCACCAACUCUCUCAGGCCUUGGAGGUACUCACAGAUGGAGCAGCCAGGGCCGCUUAUGACAAACUAAGAAAAGCCAAAGAAGCAGCAGCACUACGCACGCAAAAGCUUGACGACAAGAGAAAAAAGGUGAAGCUUGAUCUUGAGGCUCGGGAAAGAGAGGCACAAGUAGGCGACGAGGAAGUGGUUGCUGCUCAGAAAUUAGAACAAGAGAUCAUACGUCUUCGAGAAGAGGGCGCUAGGCAGUUGGAGGAGCAGCAAAGGCUGGUGCGGGAACAAAUCAAGUCGGAAAUCAAUCAGAGAUUACAAGGUAAACAAAGUAGCUGCAGCACAGGUGAGACAACCGCUAAAAUCAAGCUGAAGUGGAAAUGCAAAAAAGACGACGUCACAAGAGGUGGAUAUUCGGAAGCGGUUCUAAUGAGGCUGUUGCAGAAGUAUGGAGAAGUGCAUAACGUACUUGUGUCCAGUAAGAAGGGGACAGCAAUUGUCGAGUUUGCCACAUUGAAAGCAGCUGAACUGGCGGUGAAGUAUGAAACUGGACUACUUAACAAUCCAUUGUCAAUAUCAUGGAUUGGCAGCCCUCCACCAGAGAACAUUAGUAACAUGAACCCAAGGUUCUCUAGUCAGUCAGUUUCCGCCUCCCAGGGACCUUUAAGGUCAGAGCGCGACUUUGAAAGCUUGGUUCUGAUGAAGAUGAGACAAGCAGCAGAGCGUCAGCGAUUAAUAGAACAAAUGCAGAAAGAAGAUGAGGAAUCAAAAUCCUAGCUGACCUUAGACUUAAUCUUAAACUUUUAAGACUUUUUUUGUUUUCUUUUUUCAAUAACAUUUCUUGCCAGGGGACAGAAAAAUGGACAGGCCAUCCAUCAGCAUUUGUAUGGGACUUUAAAGUUCUGAAUCUUUAUUUACAACGAAUUAAUGCAACUUUUUUUUUGUAAUGCAAGUAAAUGUUAAUUCUAGACAUAAAA